AUGUCACGAUUCUUGUUUUAUCCGCAUGCCCGGGAUGUUAUACAAAGGCUUCCAGAAUUUUAUAAAAAAAAUUAUCUGAAAAGGUUUACGCCAAUUACCAAUGUUUCAUACUUUGAGGAUGAUGGGGAACCCUAUACUAGAGCGUCUAAUAAUGCUUUAUAUCCGAAGGAACAUUUUGAUGUACCACCUAAAGUGAUCUUUCCUGAAGAAUCACAGAGAGCCCUUUGGGGUGGUGAAGGAAUUGUUACAGGGUUUAUUGAAGUUAAACGAACAGGCACGAGAGUUCCAAAGACAUGGGGACCGGAAUUACGUCAGCACCUCUUUCAUAGUGAGGUGCUUGAACGAUGGAUGAUGAUUAUUGUCUCUCUGACAGCCCUAAAGCAGAUCGAAAGAAUGAAGGGUCUCGAUUUUUAUUUAUUAAAGACUCCAGAAAAUGAAAUCAACAGUCGUCUCGGUUUGCACAUCAAACGCGAAAUCCUAAUGAAGUUGGUGGAUCCCGAAUUUCAGCGAUCGAAGCCUGAUAUCGCUGCGAAAUAUGCGAAUUUUGUUAUCCCCCGGGAAGAAGCGGAAUGGGUUGGUUUGACCUUAGAUGAAGCUAUUAAAAAGCAAAUGAAAAUCGAAUACGAAAAGCAACGGUUGGAGGCUUCAGUUCCAAAGAAGAUUACUUUAUCAAAAACUCUUAUUGAGAGACUUGAAUCUGGUGGUAAGCUACAUUUGAUCCCACUGCUACUGUCAAAAUAUUCGAUUUAA